AUGACAGCAGUUCUCUUGUGUCAUUUUAACGAAUGCAAACCUACUGGAAUUUCUAUGAGCUGCAAUCUCUCAAAAGAAUUUGAAGUCUGUGUGAAUCUAACAAAACGUGAGACCUUCAAUCGUAGUGCCGAAUUGGAUGUGUCCUCUCUCAGAUAUGCCGUUGACUUAGACACUCAAGUAUUUACUGCAGUGUGCUUAAGUUACAACAACUGCGCAGUGAGAAUUUUAUUGAAUUGCAUUGGUCACGUACUUCAACCCGAAUGGCAACACUGUCUCGAUGAUAAGACAAAACAACAAGCCAUGGCUGCGUACAAAUAUUUGGAUAGCAUACGACACACACCGGAGAAAUUUGAUCUGGAAACAUUUCAGAAUAUGUUUCCACUCAAAUAG